ACCAGAGGUUGCCCAGCUCUGGGAAGCAGACAACAUUGGCCCUGGUCGGCAGCAGCUAAGCCCAAAGGAAACUGCAGGGCCCCAUGGCAGAGGAGGCCCCAAAGAAGACAAGGCUAGAGAGACGCGCUGCUCCCCAGGAUGACUUGCAGGGCCUCCAGGACAGCGUGUUCUCCUCCGAAAGCGACAACAGCCUGUACUUCACCUACAGUGGCCAGCCCAACACCUUGGAAGUCCGAGAUCUCAGCUACCAGGUGGAUACGGCCUCCCAGGUACCUUGGUUUAAGCAGCUGGCUCACUUCAAGAUGCCCUGGACGUCUCACAAGGACUCCUGUGAGCAGGGCAUUCAAAACCUGAGCUUCAAAAUGAGGAGUGGACAGAUGCUGGCUGUCAUAGGGAGCUCAGGUUGUGGGAGAGCCUCUUUGCUGGAUGUGAUCACUGGGCGAGGCCCUGGCGGCAAGAUUAAGUCAGGCCAAAUCUGGAUCAAUGGGCAGCCCAGCACAGCGCAGCUGGUGAGGAAGUGUGUGGCCCACGUGCGCCAACAUGACCAGCUGCUCCCCAACCUGACCGUCCGGGAGACCCUGGCUUUCGUUGCCCAGCUGCGUCUGCCCAGAAACUUCUCCCAGGCCCAGCGCGACAAAAGGGUGGACGAUGUGAUUGCGGAGCUGCGGCUGCGGCAAUGCGCCAACACGCGCGUGGGCAACAUCUAUGUGCGGGGCGUGUCGGGGGGCGAGCGGCGCAGAGUCAGCAUCGGAGUGCAGCUGCUGUGGAACCCAGGAAUCCUUAUCCUGGAUGAACCCACCUCUGGGCUCGACAGCUUCACCGCCCACAACCUGGUGAAAACACUGUCCAGGCUGGCCAGAGGCAACAGACUAGUGCUCAUCUCCAUCCACCAGCCACGCUCCGAUAUCUUCGGGCUGUUCGAUUUGGUCCUGCUGAUGACGUCUGGAACCACCAUCUACCUCGGGGCAGCCCAGCACAUGGUUCAGUAUUUCACCGCAGUUGGCCACCCCUGUCCCCGGUACAGCAACCCUGCCGACUACUAUGUGGACUUGACCAGCAUUGACAGACGAAGCAAAGAACAGGAAGUGGCCACCAGGGAGAAGGCUCAGUCCCUUGCGGUGUUGUUUAAAGAAAAAGUGCGUGGCUUUGAUGACUUUCUAUGGACAGCGGAGUCAAGGAAGCAGGGUGUGGACAUUUGUGUACAGAGCCCGGCUCCUGACACCAACCUAUUCCAGGCUCCCACUAAGCUGCCCGGCCCCCUACAGCAGUUUGCCAUACUGAUACGUCGUCAGAUUUCCAACGACUUCCGAGACCUGCCAACCCUCCUCAUCCACGGGGCGGAGGCCUGCCUGAUGUCCCUGAUCAUAGGGUUCCUCUACUACGGCCACGGGGCUGUCCAGCUCUCCUUGACGGACACGGCAGCCCUCUUGUUCAUGAUCGGAGCUCUUGUCCCUUUCAACGUGAUCCUGGAUGUCAUCUCCAAAUGUCACUCAGAGAGGGCGCUGCUCUACUAUGAACUAGAAGAUGGGCUGUACACGGCGGGGCCGUAUUUCUUUGCCAAGAUCCUGGGGGAGUUUCCUGAGCACUGUGUCUACAUCAUCAUCUAUGGAAUGCCCAUCUACUGGCUGGCCAACCUGCGCCCAGGCCUCGAGCCCUUCCUGCUGCACUUCCUGCUGGUGUGGCUGGUGGUCUUCUGCUGCCGGGUCAUGGCCCUGGCCGCCGCUGCCCUGCUCCCCACCUUUCACAUGUCCUCCUUCUUCGGCAACGCUCUCUACAACUCCUUCUACCUCACCGGGGGCUUCAUGAUAAGCUUGGACAAUCUGUGGACAGUGCCCGCAUUGAUUUCCAAGGUGUCCUUCCUCCGAUGGUGUUUUGAAGGGCUGAUGAAGAUCCAGUUUGGUGGGCACGCUUAUUACAUGGAAGCUGGCAACAUCACCAUCCGUAUCCCGGGAGACCUGAUCCUCAAUUCCAUGGGCCUGAACUCUUACCCGCUCUACGCCAUCUAUUGCUUUGUCAUUGGCAUCAGUUGUGGCUUCGUGAUCCUGUACUAUCUGUCCUUAAGGUUCAUCAAACAGAAAUCAAGUCAGGACUGGUGAUUCACGCCCAGACUCCUGCGUGCUGGUGAGGGACUCGAGAAGGCCAUUCAGCUGCACUCCCUUCCUCCCAAGGAGCCCCUUCCCGGGCACAGGGAGGAUCAGGACAAAGCUCCGCUACAUCCGGUCCACACUGCUGCAGUGGCACAGGCUGGCCACAGGAUGGCAGUAGAAUAAAGACAGUCAAAAGGGAUUUCUGAUCACCAGCUGGAGGUUGAGAUUACUGGGAACCUGAAAACCAUACCUGGGGGACACCUACAAUGUCAUUAAUUUAUUUCCUUUUGAUGUAUAUAUUUGUAUAGGCAACUAAUACAAGAUGGGAACAAAUUAGGUGUGAAUCGAGGUGUUAGGCCAUGUGGAAAAAGUAACAUAAUAGCUAGUGGAGUAUUUGGCCUCAUCUUCCAGGGUCCCCAAACUCUGAGCCAUUCUCAAUAUAGAAAAUUACCUAAAACAUAUCAGCAAGAUGCCAUCUCUUCUUUUUGUGUGAGGUCAUGUGCUCCAAAAGCUAAACUGAACAAUUAAAUAUUUAUUGAGCAAUUGCUCUGCGCCA